GAUGAUGUCCAGCCAGACCAAGGAUACCGUCAACGCCGUCGCCAUGAGUCGCCUGCACAACGAGCUGCCGCCCCACGCAGCAGGGGCUCCGCCGGGAUUGACACUCGAGAACGUCCUCGCCGUCGAGCCAUCCAAGCUCAACGAGCUCAUCCGCGUCGUCGGAUUUCACAAUAACAAGACCAAGUACAUCAAACAAGCGGCCGAGAUCAUUCGCGACAAACACGGCUCCGACAUCCCCACGACGAUCGAGGGCCUGACCUCCCUCCCGGGCGUGGGACCGAAGAUGGCCCACCUCUGCCUCUCCGCCGCCUGGGACCGCACCGAGGGCAUCGGCGUCGACGUCCAUGUCCACCGCCUCACCAAUCUCUGGGGCUGGCACCCGCGUCCCACCACCAGCCCCGAAGCCUCCCGCCUUGCCCUCGAAUCCUGGCUACCCCGCGACCGCUGGCGCGAGAUCAAUACUCUCCUCGUCGGCCUGGGGCAGACCAUCUGUCCGCCGCAGACUGGCGGUCGGCGUUGUGGCGAAUGCGGCCUCGGGUUACGAGGUUUGUGUCGGGCUGCAGACAGGAAGAAGGUCGCUGAGGGGCGGAAGGCGAAAGUGGAGGAGACGGCUAUCAAACUCGAGACGUACGAAGACGGAGUCGUGACGGAAACUGUCCUGCAAGAGGCGAUCGUCAAGGAAGAAGUGAAGAAAGAAGACGAAGAGAAGGAUAGGAUAUGAUCCAGUAAUCUUUGGCUUACAAGACGGCAAGUUCGAGUCGCGACCGGCCACUUUGCUGCCCAGCUCGGGUACCAAGAAGAGGAGAAAAUAAAGGGCUCGCGAAGCUCGGGCUCGGCACCAUCAGCGGAAGGAACUCUGUGAUCCGAACCAUUGGACGCACGCCGGCUUACAGGAGAUGCGGAGAGGCGGCAUUGCGUUUCGACCAACAGGAACUGGUUGAUGCGUUCCAUGCGGGCCACGUAGCAAUGCAUGGCUGCCAGAGUUCGAACACUCAACUUCUCUGGCUGCGCAGGAAUCACAUCUCUUUUCAUCCACUCAGCAACUGUUCCCCGUUGAUCACGCCCGAGAC